GAUUAGCAGACGACAGACAACCAAAAGUCAGUUGCCGUCUUGGCACUGCAGAUGGCCAGAACUAAACAGGCUCCGCUACGACACUCCUGGAAAACAGACAUCAAAAUCCAGAGGGUUUUGGCCACCAAAAGAGAAUCAGCAAGAUCGAUAAGAAAAGCUGACAGAGUGAAGACGAAAAAGUAUGGCAGAUAUCGACCUGGAUUUCGAGCUAUUCAGGAAAUCCGAGCCUAUCAGAAGUCUACGAAUUUUCUGAUUCCCAAAAUAACAUUCCAAAGAAUGGUUCGUGAGAUUGCAGCAACAUUAUAUCCAGGAUUGAGAAUGCAUGUGGUUGCCCUGGCUGCCUUGCAGGAGGCUGCUGAAAGUUACAUUGUUGGUUUAUUUGAAGAUAUCAACCUUUGUGCCAUCCAUGCUAAGCGAGUUACAGUUAUGCCAACAGAUUUGAAGCUUGCUUUGAGAAUAAUAGGAGAUGAGAAAUAUUUUAGAUCAUCAACUACCUCCCUUUAAUUGUUUCGAUUAAAAACUGGGAUCUGUUAAUCCACAGUUCAAGAAGAGCAGGCUCUUUAAGUUAUGGAAUUAUUGGUUAUGGGACAAGCUUCUAUUUAAAUUCAUCCAAAGAAGUUAUAAAUAAGAUCCUAAUUUCGUUAUAUAUUUGUUAAACUUGUCAAUAUUGUUUGUAUAUAGUACUGUAAAUAAUGUUUAUUGAAUACAUUGAAUUGUAUUAAGCCAAGCUACCCUGUGAUAAAAUACCAUGAGUGUAUCUGUACAUAAUAUUACAUAAUGUAAUUUAUUAAUUAUUGUAAUUGAAUUUUCUGUUAAUAACAUUAAAUGAAAACAUUUUGUUAUG